CGUUCUUCGUCUUCUUCCUUCCUUCCAGGUUUCUUUCUUUUGGGAUUUCUUACUGCAUUCCUUCGGGAGAGAAGAGAUAAUGGCUCGAGGAGGAGAUCAGCCGUCUACUCGGUCAUAUUCAGAGUUGGCAACAGUAAAUUUUCUCCAUGGACCUGAUCCAAGUGCACAUUGCCGUGUCUUUGUUGGCAAUCUCCAUCCAUUGGUCACUGAAUACUAUCUUCAAGAUCUUUUCAGUAUCGCUGGCCCUGUUUAUAGAUGCGAUGUUAUUCACGAUAAUGAGUUACACUAUGGUUUUGUGGUCUUCACUAAUCGUCAAUCAUCUAUCAUUGCUGUUGGACUACUGAAUGGAUAUCGUCUAUUCCGAAUGCCCUUACUAGUUGGCUGGCCACAUCCUAGAGAUUGGCGCGAAGACAAAACAAUCGCCUACUUCUAUGUUUACGUUCGCGGUCUUCAGCCAUGGACGACUGAUGAAGUGCUGUAUGCAUACUUCUCAGUUUUCGACAGUUGUGUCGAGGCAAAGGUCAUGCUCGAUGAAAAAUCUCAGUCGAUGGGCUAUGGCUUCGUUUCUUACCGUGGCUAUCAGCAUUCUUACAGGGCGGCAACUGAGCUCGACGGUAAAUUGCUCGAGGGCAGCCUGAUUCGAUGUUCUAUGCACGGAUCGAGCAAAGAAUUAGAUCUUCCCCCUCGACUUUACAAGACGAGGCGUUUCGCUGGACCAUCAACAAUUAGACUUCCAGAAUUCCCAUUCCAUUUCGACAACGAGGCGCGAGUCGACCCACAGUACAGCAACAUAUACGUCUUCGAUCUUCCUCCCGGCAUCUCGGAGAAAAUUAUGCGCAACUUCUUCGAAGAACUCAAAGCGGGGAAAAUUGAGCAUUUGCGAAUGGUCCCGGGGAAGAGCCACGGCUUCGUGACGUACAGCAGCCAAUACGAAGCAGCCGUCGCUAUUCUUAAGGCAGACGGCGCAUUUCUUAACGGUAAAUACAUCAAGUGUACGUGGGGCGAGAGGCCUACGCCGAUUAACGAUCUGCUUGUCCCGGUGCCUCCGGAGCUAACUCCGAUGGUAGCCUACACAAGGGUGCGAUCUCAUCGCGUUUUGAAGGGUAUCCUUCGGGACGGGCAUAGAUAGCAGCUCAAUGGUCGGGAGGAAUUCACGGCGCGACGGCGUCGUCGACACCGGGUAAUGUAGUAAUAAUUACAUUGUUGUACAUAUUAUAGAUGUUUUAGUUUAAGGUUGUUUUGUGUUCCUUGUACGUACUUUCAUUUGCCAUGGAUAAGUCCUUUGUAUAGGUUUCUUGAGUACCAUGAACCUGAAAUAUGA